AUGCAUCAACUGCAGCCCGAUAAGAAAAGGCUUUGCUUUGAGGUAUCACCUGUUUGGACCAUUGUAUUCUUAUUCAUUGUUAUGGGCUUGAUCUUUUUUGCCAUAGCGAUCGGAGGAAUAUUUGGACCAGAUUCAAUAGAAAUUGUAAAAGCAACGGAUAGCCAAGGAAAGGAAGAAAUAUUAGAAUUUUCUCCCGAAGUAUGGAAAGCCACUCUCCAAGGCCAAGAAAUUUCAGGAACGUUUGACGACCUCAGCGUUUUUAAUGAUGAAAUUCUUUUUACUGUCGUGUUUUUCAAAAAUUCUAGUCUUCAAUCAUUCGGAUUUCAGGAUAUGAUGGAAAUGAACAUUGGUGUCAUGGGAACCAAUGACGAUCGAAAUUGGGUCGAGGUUGCACCAUCUAACUCUCAUAAGAGAGAAUUAACAUGCCCUCAAGGCUCGGCCACAUGUCAACCAUUGACACUAUUUCAAUUAACAAAAAUUUCCUUCAAAAAGUACAAAGCAACAAUUAAGAUUACAAAUCAAGGCAAACAAGCUGAUAUGGAUCUGUUUGAACCCAAAUUAUUUUUCAGCUAUGCUAGUAUGAAUGAUGCGUUUGUCAAGCUAGAAAUUGCUUUCCGAUAUAUAUUUUUAUUCUUUAAUGUCGCUAUUCUCACUCUGUUCCUGAUCUAUACCAGAUACAAGCAACCAUUCUCGUUAUGGCAUACAGAGCAAAAGUGGAUUGCCUUUGUUCUAUUUUUCUUAAUUCUGUAUAACAAUCCCAUCUACGUACUUCAAUACUUAUCUGACCUGUGGCUCUUUAAUUUAUUGAAUAUUCUCUUCAAGGUUACAUAUAUUGCCAUCUUAUUAUUCAGUUUUUUAGUGUUCACACACUCAAUUUAUACCAAAGAGGAGAACCGUGGCGUAUUUUCAUUCUACUUCCCAAAGGGAAUCCUUGUAGUCACACUCUGGAUUCUAACUGUGGUGUCUUUUAUUUUGGUUAGCGUCACCAAGAAGUAUGAUAUUGCUUAUGCGUUUGAAGAGCUUGCUUAUCACAAUUUUAUUGCUGCUGCCAUUGUCUCUCUAUUGGGAGUAUAUAUUUUACUUCUUCUCUACUAUAUUGUCAGAGGAAUCGGAAUGAUGAAAGAUCUUCCAACAAAAUACUCUGCAAAGUUUAAGGUCGUUUAUGGAGUGACUUUGUUUGUUUUAGUCGUGGCCAUUGCCGCCUCAGUAAUUUCAUACUCGUUUGGUAAGCUCACAUCCUUCUUGUUUUUAGCAACAUUGGCCUUGCUCAAUUUAUGGCCUUUUGCAUUAGCAAUUUUCUUCCUUCCAUCCAAUGAAAAACAUAUUGGAGAAGAUAAGGACGAAAUCAGAAUUCUUCAAGGUGCGGAUGAGGAAGACGAUGAAGAGCUAGUUGUUCAAGAAGAAGAUGAAGAAGAAUAA